UCGUUUCUUCCAAACCCUUUCUGUUCGUCCUGGCUCUCACCUUCUUCGAUUUCACAGCCAUCGUAACUCACCACUCUAAUCAACUCCUCUAAGUUUACAUCAAUUAUUUAUUACAUUUAAGUAUUUAACUGAAAGUAAUCAAUCAUGGUAUUCGGGCAAGUUGUAAUCGGACCUCCAGGAUCCGGUAAAACUACUUACUGCAAUGGCAUGUCUCAAUUUCUUCCCCAAAUUGGACGGAAGGUUGCUAUAAUCAAUUUGGACCCUGCCAAUGAUGCAUUGCCUUAUGACUGUGCUGUUAAUAUUGAGGAUUUGAUCAAGCUUAACGAUGUGAUGAAUGAACAUUCACUCGGGCCUAAUGGAGGUCUUGUGUAUUGUAUGGAUUACUUGGAGAAGAACAUCGAUUGGCUCGAGUCCAAGUUGAAGCCACUCCUAAAAGAUCACUAUCUGCUUUUUGAUUUUCCUGGCCAAGUUGAGCUGUUUUUCCUGCAUUCAAGUGCGAAGGCAGUUAUAAUGAAACUUAUAAAGAAGUUGAAUCUUAGGCUGACUGCCGUGCAUUUGGUUGAUGCCCAUCUCUGCAGUGAUCCCGGGAAGUAUAUUAGUGCAUUGCUACUGUCAUUGUCAACCAUGCUUCAUAUGGAGCUUCCUCAUGUAAAUGUUUUCUCUAAAAUUGAUCUGAUUGAAAGCUAUGGGAAAUUAGCUUUUAACCUGGAUUUCUACACCGACGCACAAGAUCUAUCAUAUUUGCAACACUGUCUUGAUCAAGAUCCUCGUGCUGCAAAGUACAGGAAGCUCACAAAGGAGCUAUGUGAGGUCAUUGAAGAUUUCAGUCUUGUGAAUUUCACAACUUUGGACAUACAGGAUAAAGAAAGCGUUGGAAACCUUGUGAGUUUGAUCGACAAGACCAAUGGGUACAUCUUUGCUGGCAUAGAUGGAAGUGCAGUAGAAUAUAGUAAAAUUGCAGUUCGCCAAGUUGACUGGGAUUAUUACAGAUAUCCUUUUUCUUUUUUCAUUGUUUUUGUUCUAAAUUUUUUGUAGUUCUAGUCAUUUGAGCAAAGUUAGAGAGUAGUGAAAAAGGUGUAGACGUUGGGCUUAAGCUACACAUUAUUUAGUCGUGUUGUGGCCUCUUCAAGGUAUGACUUGCUUUUACCAACAGUAAUUUUCAUUGCAAUUAGCUGGCCUGUCGUCCAAAACAUGGAUCCUAGAAUUUACUUUUUUCGCACAGUAGUUAGGGGAACUUUAAGCUGCUAUUGACCUAGUUGACUCCCGUCAAAAAAAAAAGACCUAGUUGACUGGAAGAAGGUGUCUAAUUAAAGGCUACUUUUUAGUACUUCUUGGCUUUAAGUUAACUUGUAGUUAUGAAGAUUUCUACACCUUCAUGGGACUGAUUGGAUUGGGGAGGGGAAGCUGUUGAUCAACUCUUUUGUUAUUCUUCCUAGCAAUGAGAUGUCUAAUGUUGAGAAUGUCCAGUGACUAAAUGAGGGCACUUAUGGUCAUAGAAGAGUUCUGUUAUCAAACUUUUUACUGUCAUUGUUAUUGCCAUCAUUAUCUUCUUUUUAUUGACAAUGUUGUUUCCUUCUAUUGUGUGACAUUAUCUUCUUUGGUUCGUCACAAAUAUGUGGCAAAGUAUCUGCAAGUCUUUGAAUAAUUUCCAUGAUAUGGCAGAUUGUAGUUUGUUUUGCUUAACAAAGUAUUCCACAGUGGCAGCAGUACAAGAAAAAUAUAUCAAGGAUGAUGAAGUUGAUAAUGACUCGAAUGCAUAGGGAGCUUGCUGGAAUUUAAGGUCUUUUGUGAACGACAAAUUAAUUGGAGCUUCAUUGCUAAAAACAGACGGCAGAGAAAAUGAUGUACCAAUUGUAUAUGUUUGUGAAGCAUUGUACUGAAUUUUGUAUUUUGUGUUGGAUAUAAGGCACUUUGAGCUCCGUUAUCGCAUUGUUUUAUCGAGAACAUUCUUGUACACUUAA